ACACAUCUCACAAUGUUGCAACGAAGUGCUCGCAGGCUCGUGCCUGUCCUCAGCCGCCGCUCGACUACCUUGCGAUACUCCAGCACCACGACCGAUAACCCGAAUCCCACGAACACCGCUCCAAGAGCAUCCCCACCGACCGUUUCAAGCACCAAUGCCUUGCCCUCAAGUGCAGUUGGAAACAAGGAUGCCGCUCUCGUAGAAGAUCCAGCGGAGGGAGAGGCGAAGCGUGUUAUGCAGGCACCCAACCGUGCGACGACAUGGAGCAGGAGUCAGCAGCCGAGAGAAAAGGCCAUGGUGGGACCGAGGUUUGAACAGACAAUCAUGGAAGAUCAGCCACGGCCACUUGCAGCCAUUGAGCUCAUCCACCAGCAGCCAGUGACAUGGACAGAGAAGCGCGUAGUCUCAUGCGAUGGCGGUGGUGGACCACUGGGACACCCGAGAAUCUUCAUCAACGUGGACAAGCCGCAGAUCUGCUGGUGUACAUACUGUGGACUGCCAUUUGCGCACAAGCAUCACCGCAAGUACCUCGAGAGCCUGCCAUCGACAUCAUACCCACUCGAACCUACUGGAAAUGCUGCACAGAUCUCCGCGGCGGACUUGAAUGCUGGAGGAGCCAAGACGGGAGCAGACGCACCAUUCCAGACCGCGAGCGGCGCACCUUACGAGCAGAGAUAGAAGUGUCGAU